AUGGGCAAGGACGCAGCCAAAGGCUACCUCUCGUGCUCGUGCUGUCGCUAUCGCUGGAACUGGACGACGCGCACGCAGUGUUUCUCACGCGGGCGGGCGCUGGUGCCGUCGCCGCGAACGCCGCCACAGCAGCAGACCAAGGGGGUGCGGGCGUCUGGCACGGGCACGGGAGGAGGUCAGCAGGCGCCAGCCCGACCGCCAGGUUCCCGGGCGCCCAGCCGCAUGGAGGUGCCCAAGGCGUCGGCGCCCCCGCAGCGUUGCGCAGGCAAGCAGACGGUCGCUGAGCUCCUCGCCCAGCACCAGCAGCACGUGGGCCAGGCCGCGGGCGCGCAGGAGCUGCAAGCCUUGCUGCGGGCGGUGGCGCCGCCCGAGACUGCGCAGCUUGCGCGGGCGCCGCUGCUGGGGGAAACCAUCAGCACUAACGGAGUGGCCUGCAGGCGCGCCGAGAAGGCCAUGGAGCAGGCUGUCGCGAGGGAAGACGAGGCGAAGCUCUGGCUGGCGGAGUGCAGUCAGAAGACGCGCGAGGCGGCGGUCCUGGCGGUGCGGACCAAGUCCGAGUGGCAGGCGGAGCUCAAGGCGGAGCCAGCCUCGGACAUCACGACCGGGUCCCAGAUCACUCUGUCGCAGCUGCUGGGUGAUGAGAGCGGCUGCGGAACGGUGGAGAUC